AUGAGUUCUACUGUCUAUGCCUAUGAAGACUCUGUUGAUGUCGCCAAAGCUUUAGCCAAACAUGUGUUGAAGAUUCAAGAUCAGUCAAUUGAUCAAUCGGGUAAAUUUAAAAUUGCGGUUUCAGGUGGAUCCCUUGGAAAAGUAUUGAAGAAAGCAUUGAUUGAUGAUAAAGAAUCAUUUUCUCAAGUUAAAUGGGAUAAAUGGGAAGUUUAUUUCAGUGAUGAGAGAUUGGUUCCAAUAGAUCAUGAAGAUUCAAAUUGUGGAUUAUUUAUUUCAUCAGUUAUUGAUCAUUUACCUUCAGAUGUCACUAAACCUAAAAUCAUAUCCAUCGAUGAAUCUUUACUUACUGGUAAAGACGGACAAGUGGAAGGAAGUGAUUUAGAAAAAGACUUGGCCAUUACCAAAGAUUAUGAAUCCAAAUUACCCGAAGAUAAACAGAUUGAUCUUAUAUUAUUAGGUUGUGGUCCUGAUGGUCAUACAUGUUCAUUAUUCCCUGAACAUGAAUUGUUAGAAGAAAAUUCAAAAUUAAUUGCUUUUAUCAAAGAUUCUCCAAAACCACCACCAAGAAGAAUCACUUUCACCUUCCCAUUAUUGAAAAAAGGAAAAUCAAUCGCUUUCGUUGCUGAAGGUGCUGGUAAAGCUCCAAUCUUGAAAGAGAUUUUUAACGACCCAACCAGUAAAUUACCUUCUAAGUUAGUCAAUGAGUUAGAGGUAGAAACCUGUUGGUUUGUUAAUAACGCAGCCGUCAAUGGUGUAGACGUUAUUGCUUCUAAGUAUUAG